AUGUCCAACUGAUGAUCAGUCUUUCUGAACUGGGGCUAAUGACAUUGCUAAAGUAGACAACAUUUGUAGAAAACAAAAUUGGCAUCAUUAUGAUGUCAAGUUUACUUGAGAAAUGGCAGUGUUGGCAUCAUGAGCUAGCGAAGUUCGGCAGAAAAAGCUAGCAAUGCUAACGUUAAGUUAACUAAAAUGUCGAUGCUCUCCCCUCAAUCGUAGUUAGCUAGCUGAAGUUAUACUGCAUAUAAAGUCAAUCUGGCGACAUUACAAUGAUGACAAAAGCUUGUCCUACUAAUUUUCCUCAUUUUUAAAUGUAAUUGUGUUUCCAAGCCACGGAAAUGCACUUCAUACAAUAUCUUCAUCAACACCAAGACCACAUUAAAUAGAAUGCUCAGCUAGGCAUCAGUCGAAUAAAACGAAUGUUCAAAACAAUAUUGUAUGACGAAACGUGCAACCCAGGAAUAUAAUUAAACUAGAUCAUGUUAUGACACGACAUUUGCCGUGGUUAACUGGGUUCCAUUUGUUUUGAAUCUAAGCAACUGCUACAAUGCCGAAGAGAGGGAGAAAGAAGAAGAGGUCAACCCCUGUAACCAUCGAGAACGCCAGGAACAAUGAGGCGACACCUGACUCGAUACGCCGUUACGCAGGAAAGAUUGUGGAAUACAUUGCCCAGUCAACCACUGCUUUCUCUCAGGAAGAUGUUUCCGGUGUAGGCCUACAUAACAUCUUGGGGAAGACGGUAGAGGGCCUUCUCCAAAAAGUGUGCGGAGGGGUCUCAAGCGUCCUGAACAAAUAUUUGUAUGGGGCGGGGGUGUUAUCUGAUGCGGUGAUCCCAGUAAAUCUCUUGCCUGUAGCUCCAAAUGGGGACAAUCAGAAAAUGGAAAAAAGAUGGCAGGACUGCACUGAGGAAGACUGUGAACUGAUAAUUAUCAGACUGACAGGGACUGUAAUUAUCACCAUGUUGGAUAGUGUUAUGGAGAGUUGCAGGAUGGACCCCACACACAGUUCAUUCUUAGAAGAACUGGGGCUCACCAUGGAAAUGGUAAAGAUCAUACGUGACGUAGCAGAAUGUGCAGCAAACGCCACAAGUAAUGAUUUCAGUCAGUUCACAGUCGGAGGAGUUCCUCUCUUUCAGAGACCACUGAGCAAUCUCUCUUCUGGGCCCAGUCAACCAGCACCCCCCCAAAAUGCCUUGCCAACAUCCACUGUUCCCACACCUGUCUCAAAGGUGAGCUCAGCCAGUCCCAGAUCCACUGACUCAGGGUCCUCACAAGUCAGGAAGCCAAGACAAUCAACAGAAGGAGUUCAGAGCCUCUCCGAAAGGCAGCAGGACUCAGGGGAGGAGAUCACAUCUCUAGUGAUUGAAACCAUUCUACGGUCAGUUGCGGAUUUAGCCAGGCAUGGACUUCUGCCAAGCUGCACCCAGUAGACUGGAUGCCCCCUUUUUAUGGAGGUGAUGCAGAAAACAAACAUGUGAAGCCAAUUCAUAAAAGCAUUAAUUAAACAAAUAUGUUGUUUAAAGGUGAGUCAGCGGUUUGUUUCUAUGGCAACAAAGACAUGAAAUAAAGUG